AGGUAGAACGGUUCGAUCCGGACUUUCAAAAUAUUGUCUCGUCGACUACUCCACUGCUCCAGACGACCGCACCAUGGCCGAUUCCGCCGACACAGCCGCUGCCACCGCUCGAGUCAGUGACGAGGUGGAUCCAUCCCAGAAGGAGGACGACGAGCACGACUCCAAAGAGGUGGUGAUCCUCCGUUACUUUCUCCAAGAAUGGGGGCUGGUGAAGUCCAUCCUCGACCGCAUAGUCGACAAUGGGGGCAUCUCGUCUCCGGCCGAUGUCCACAAGAUCCGAUCCAUUAUGGACAAAUACCAAGAACAGGGACAGCUCCUAGAACCCUUCUUGGAAAUAAUAAUUUCGCCUAUUAUGUCGAUAGUUCGCUCCCAGGCGACGCAACUUAGGGUCUCGCCGGAGGGAGCUAUGGAGAUUAUUAAGCCCCUGUGCAUUAUAAUAUACUCGCUCGUUACAGUAUGCGGCUACAAGAACGUUGUUAAGUUCUUCCCGCACCAGGUUUCGGACCUUGAACUUGCAGUCGAUCUUCUGGAGACAUGCCACCAAGCUACUUCUGUGACAUCACUGCGGCAUGAAAGUACGGGCGAGAUGGAGACCAAGUGCGUCGUUCUCCUGUGGCUUUACAUACUCGUGUUGAUUCCUUUUGAUAUCCUGUCAGUUGAUACACAAGCAGUGAAUAAGAGUUACUUGGACGAACCUGAACCCUCACCACUAGUCAAAAAAAUAUUGGAGAUUUCCAAGGAUUACCUUUCAAGCGCUGGUCCUAUGCGUAAAAUGGCUGGUUUGUUGCUUGCGAGGCUUUUAACUCGUCCUGAUAUGGCAAUAGCUUUUACUAGAUUUACUGAGUGGGCUCAUGAAGUCUUGUUAUCUGUCGUAGAAGAUGUUUUGGACCACUUUAAGCUACUUGGAUUUGCUGAAGUCCUUUCCUCCAUUUUCAAGGUUGGUACCCGUAAAGUUUUGCUUAGUGUCGUGUCUACCACAUGGAGUGAUAUAUCUCUGCUAAUGAAGUCUAACACUUCAGCUCGCAGCCCUUUGCUCCGGAAGUUUUUGGUUAAACUAUCACAACGUAUUGGGCUUACAUGUUUGCCUCGUCGUUUGCAAUCAUGGCGAUAUCAGGGACAGAACAAAUUAUUAGGUGAAACUAUUUUAAAAAAUUCUGGAGAAGGUUACAGCAGUAAUAUUGGCCAGCAUGCUGAUUUUUCCAAUAAUGGAGAAUAUGCAGAGUUAGUAGGAGAAGACAUGGAUGUUCCAGAAAUUGUCGAAGAGAUACUUGAAUUGUUGUUAUCUAGCUUGCGUGACUCGGAUACAGUUGUGCGUUGGUCAGCAGCAAAAGGUAUUGGGCGAAUAACUGCACGCUUGACAUCUUAUCUAGCUGAAGAUGUGCUGUCCUCAGUAAUGGAGUUAUUUUCAUCUGGAGAGGGAGAUGGUUCAUGGCAUGGAGGAUGCUUAGCCUUGGCAGAGCUGGCACGGAGAGGCUUGCUCCUGCCUAGUAGCUUUGCUAAAGUAGUUCCUCUGAUAGUGAAGGCUUUACAUUAUGAUGUGCGUAGAGGUCCCCAUAGUAUUGGAUCUCAUGUACGUGAUGCUGCUGCUUAUGUUUGCUGGGCAUUUGGUCGUGCAUAUUCCAGCAGAGAUAUGAAAGAUACUUUGGAACAACUUGCUCCACACCUUCUAACAGUUGCUUGUUAUGAUCGAGAGGUAAAUUGUAGAAGAGCAGCCUCAGCUGCCUUUCAGGAGAAUGUUGGAAGACAGGGAAACUUUCCACAUGGCAUUGAGAUAGUCAAUAAAACAGAUUAUUUCUCUCUUGCGUCAAGAACAAACUCUUAUCUUGAUGUUGCUGUCUCUAUAGCUCAGUAUACAGAGUAUCUCUACUGUUUUGUGGAGGAAUUGUUGUGCAGCAAAAUUAAUCACUGGGACAAGAGCCUGAGAGAACUGGCGGCAGAGGCACUUUCUGCCCUUGCAAAGUAUGAUCCUGAAUAUUUUGCAGAUCAUGUUCUUGGAAAAUUAAUUCCUAGUACUUUAUCAUCUGACUUAUGCACACGCCAUGGUGCGACAUUGGCUAUUGGAGAACUUAUUCUUGCUUUGCAUAGCCACGGCUUUGUGUUUUCUGCAGACAAACAAAAGUCUUUAUCCAGUGUUGUGCCGGCAAUUGAGAAAGCUCGCCUUUAUCGAGGAAAGGGAGGAGAGAUCAUGAGAGCUGCUGUUUCAAGAUUCAUCCAGUGUCUCUCUCUCUCCGAAGUAUCCUUGAAUGUUAAGACAAAAAGAAGUUUACUUGAUACUCUAAAUGAGAAUCUAAAGCACCCCAAUGCUCAGAUACAGUUAUCUGCUGUUAAUGCAUUAAAGCAUUUCAUCCCUGCUUAUCUUGUUAUGUUGGGCGAUAAAACUGCUAAUGAGGUAACUUUAAAGUACCUGGAACUCCUAGACGAUCCAAAUGUGGCUGCAAGAAGAGGUGCAGCACUGGCCCUUGGCAUCUUACCUUAUGAAUUCUUAGUACAUAAAUGGAGAUCUGUUGGAACAAAGCUUUGCAGCUCCUGUACCAUUCAGCAUAAACCAGAUGAUCCAGAUGCUGAAGCACGUGUAAAUGCUGUCCAUGGAUUAAUUGCAGUCUGUGAAAUGCUGACAAAUUCUUCCACUGAUGACUUUGGACAAGAAUUGUCCUCUUUGUAUUUAUUUAUUAGAAGCGAUGUGAUGCAAACUCUGUUUCAAGCCCUUGAUGACUAUGCUGUUGAUAAUAGAGGUGAUGUGGGCUCCUGGGUGCGCGAAGCUGCUAUGGAUGCUCUUGAGAGGUGCAUGUACAUCCUAUGUAAGAGCGAUAGUAUUGAAUCUAGAAAAUCUCUUGAGCAUCACGGUGAGGCAUACCAUUCUGAUGGCCAAACAACUAAUCUUAGCUCCAGGCUUGUUGGCCCAGAAAUUACUACAAACUUAGUUGGUGGCAUAGCAAAACAAGCUGUUGAGAAAAUAGAUAAAAUAAGAGAUAUAGCUGCCAAGACUUUGCAGAGGAUUCUCCACAACCAAAAGUAUUUUGUUCCAUUUGUAUCAGAUAGGGAAACACUAGAACAAUUUAUUCCUAAUGAUCCAGAACUGAAGUGGAGUGUCCCAUCUGUUUCUUUUCCACGCUUGGUGCAACUUCUACAAAUCAACAGCUAUAGCAGAUCUGUGCUUUCUGGUUUGGUAAUCUCUGUUGGUGGAUUGCAGGAGUCUUUGAGUAAAACCUCCGUGACAGCUUUGCUGGAUUAUCUCCUGGUGUCAGAAUCUGAUAAAAAUGAAGAGCGAAAUCUCAGAGAGUAUUUGUUGAGUACUGGUUUUCUUUGGAUUUUGCAACAAUAUCAGAAAUGUGACAGGGUUAUUACACCAACUUUAAAGACCAUUGAGAUUCUCUUUAGCAAAAAAGUUCUUUUGAAUAUGGAGGGCCAUACCCAGGAAUUCUUUAGUGGCAUUCUGCAAUCUCUUGCUGUUGAGUUGAGAGCAUCAAAAGACUUUGCUAAGCUAUUGGCAGGCAUAUCCAUACUCGGCUACAUUGCUUCUGUUGUGGAACCAAACAAUUCUCGAGCAUUAUAUCAACUUUUGUUUUAUCUUGCACACCGCUAUCCAAAGAUACGCAAGGCUGCUGCGGAUCAGGUCUAUCUUGUCCUCCUGCAGAAUGAAAAUCUUAUGCCGGAGGAUAAGAUAGAGAAAGCACUUGAAAUCAUCACUGAAACAUGCUGGGAAGGUGCCAUGGAGGAAGCACGAAACGGGAGGUUCCAACUAUAUGAAAUAACUGGUUUCAAAUCUGGCCCUAGUCAGGAGGCUACACACAAGGAAUUGAGCAAGGCCGGCGAAAAGAACACUAAAGUAACAGAUGAGAAUGAGUCAUACUCCUCGUUAGUUGGCUUCAGUGGGUUCUAGUGAUUCACUUUUGUAAUUUAUAGUGGUUAGUUUCUCGAUCGGGCUCGACCUAGUUAUUUCAUCACUGAAACUCAGUGGUCUCCGGGUGCUCGUAUCAUUUAUUCGUCACUUCGAUUUAUCAGUUAGCACUUGGAUUUUUGAGCUGUUUUCAUGGUUGUUGCUUGCGAGUUUGUUCCUGCAGCUUUCUUGAGGGAAAAAGAGGGUGAUGAAAUGGUAUAUUAAACUAGGAGUAUUUUAGUGAAAUUGUUGAAAAAAGCCCUCCUCUGCAUUGAUCUCAAUUAUAAUUUUUGAUUUACCUUUUCACAGAUGAUUAUGAGGCCGACCGUGUGGGACUGUUGGAAUGGUGGAUUUUAUCUUUUACUAUCAUUUUAGUGAAAUUGCUGUGACUUGCGACUUCAAACAA